CUGGAGGCUAGAUGGCGGGACCAUGACCGAAUCGUGCUUCACUGCAAGUCAAACAGAGGUUGCUUUCUGAAAUUCCUAAUGGAGGAUACGUUGCGGCCAUCAAAGCCUACUCCCAGAGGAAAUAAGACGGCCGCAGAUUCGCUUAGCCAGGUUGGGUUUACGUCAAAGGGAGAUACGAAACUCCUAGAUCCCAAGGCCCAAGAACAGUACUAUAAGAAGAUUGUGGACAGAUAUGUGCACUUUUGCAAUGUCCACUCCGGGAACCUUGAUGCCGCGUUCAGCUCCCUUCCAAGAAACCGCUCUGAAGACCCAACCAAGAACCCUCCCGUUCCUAUACCUAUAAGGCCAGCGUCUAGAGCUAGAUCUCGGUCCCGAUCACCAAAACCACCCAUCAAACCCGCUGCCCCAACAGCGGGGACCAAAAGCACAGUUCCAUCAGAGCAGCAUCCAACACCAGCUGAAGAACUUUCUAUUCUCCUUCUUUCGCUCCGUAAACUGCGGGAAGCCAUUCUAGCAACGAGCUCCAAAACGCCCAUCGCAUUCUCCCAGCGUGUCCACAUAUUCUGCAUACGCGUAUCAAUCCUGGCUCAGCACCCACCGUCAUACUACCCCCCCUUGCAGCGCCUGCUGAAACACCUUCAUUCGUCUACCAAUCCACUGGACCCGUCUGAGCUGCACGAGUUUACGACGUACUUGAUCCUGGACUAUGCCUGUCGACAAGACGAUAUGUCGGCUGCAUAUCAGCUCCGAGCACGUGCAAAGGCAGUAUUCGGGUAUCGUAAUAAUUCUGUCGACAGUAUUCUAAGAGGAAUAAUGCAUGACGACUGGGUGUUAUUUUGGAGAACUAAACGGAACCAGAAUGCAUAUACAAAAGCGUUGUUGAAUUGGGUGGUCGACAGUGUGCGCAGGCGAGCAUUGAAAGCGGUCGGGAGAGCAUAUCUGUCGGUGGACGUGAAUUAUUUGGUGGAAUGCUGCGCCGGCGAAAAUGAAGGUUGGACAUGGGAAGCGCUGGUGGAAAAGGAGGGUUUGGGAUGGAAGAGAGAGGGUGAUAAAGUUCUGAUAAGGGCUAGGAAGCCAAAUGUUGAAUCCAAAAAGUAACAGUCCAUGAGAAUGGGCUUUGUUUUGACGAUAUAUACAUUUGGGCUGCCGCGGGCAUGAUCGGGAACGUAAUGCACUUGUCAUCUGCAGCCAAGUUGCCGUCUGUGAAAGGCUUUCCUUUAGACGCAUAAGCGCGGAGUUUCGGUGUUAAGGUAGGUAUUGAAUUGUAUUUAUAUAUGAUGGUACAACAAGCGUAGAUUUUUGUGAGCAGAAUAUCCUGACACUGUAACAUAUUUGGCAAAUAAGGAAUUAUUCUCUACGGCAAAAGGCGUCAUUAUAUCUUGAAAUCCGUAUUCGGCUUUUCCCAAUUCCGAUAUCUUGACGGCGGCUGCUGGGCUAUCCUUUC